GAUUUUUGACUCAUUCGAUAUCAGUUUGGGAAGCUUCAUAACCGGCUACAUCCGAACGUCGAUAUAAAAAACUCUCCAAUUUCUUUGUGAUUUGUGUGUAUUAUAAAAAGUAAAAACUCAAAAUGCGUGAAUGUAUUUCUAUCCAUGUCGGUCAAGCUGGUGUCCAGAUUGGUAACGCCUGCUGGGAAUUGUACUGCUUGGAGCACGGUAUCCAGCCUGAUGGCCAGAUGCCUUCUGAUAAGACUGUCGGCGGUGGUGAUGAUUCAUUCAAUACCUUCUUCAGCGAAACCGGUGCUGGCAAACAUGUACCACGUGCCGUAUUCGUAGAUUUGGAACCCACUGUGGUUGAUGAAGUCCGUACUGGUACUUACCGUCAAUUGUUCCACCCUGAGCAAUUGAUCACUGGCAAGGAAGAUGCUGCCAAUAACUACGCUCGUGGUCACUACACCAUUGGUAAGGAAAUCGUUGAUUUGGUCUUGGAUCGCAUCCGUAAAUUGGCCGAUCAGUGCACUGGUCUGCAAGGUUUCCUCAUCUUCCACUCAUUCGGUGGUGGUACCGGUUCCGGUUUCACUUCCCUUUUGAUGGAGCGUCUUUCCGUCGAUUAUGGCAAGAAAUCGAAAUUGGAAUUCGCCAUCUACCCAGCACCCCAGGUGUCGACCGCUGUAGUUGAACCCUACAACUCGAUUUUGACCACCCACACAACACUGGAACAUUCGGACUGCGCAUUCAUGGUUGACAAUGAAGCUAUCUACGAUAUCUGCCGUCGCAACUUGGAUAUUGAACGUCCUACCUACACCAACUUGAAUCGUUUGAUUGGUCAAAUUGUCUCGUCCAUCACCGCUUCGUUGCGUUUCGAUGGUGCCCUCAAUGUGGAUUUGACUGAAUUCCAGACUAACUUGGUGCCCUACCCACGUAUUCACUUCCCAUUGGUUACCUACGCACCAGUCAUCUCUGCUGAAAAGGCCUACCACGAACAAUUGUCUGUAGCUGAAAUUACAAACGCUUGCUUCGAACCAGCCAACCAGAUGGUGAAAUGUGACCCACGUCACGGCAAAUACAUGGCCUGUUGUAUGUUGUACCGUGGUGAUGUAGUGCCCAAGGAUGUCAAUGCCGCCAUUGCUACCAUCAAAACCAAGCGCACCAUCCAGUUUGUGGAUUGGUGUCCAACCGGUUUCAAGGUCGGUAUUAACUACCAGCCACCAACUGUGGUGCCUGGUGGCGAUUUGGCUAAGGUGCAGCGCGCUGUCUGCAUGUUGUCCAACACCACAGCCAUUGCCGAGGCCUGGGCUCGUUUGGAUCAUAAAUUCGAUUUGAUGUAUGCCAAGCGUGCUUUCGUGCACUGGUAUGUCGGUGAGGGUAUGGAAGAAGGUGAAUUCUCCGAAGCUCGUGAAGAUUUGGCUGCCCUUGAGAAGGAUUACGAGGAAGUCGGUAUGGAUUCUGGUGACGGUGAGGGCGAAGGUGCUGAAGAAUAUUAAACAACGGAAUGAAGAGCGUAUUGAAGAAGCAUACCCAUUGCUGAAAAAAUAUUUUUUUUUUUGUUUAAGUUAAACAAAACUGAUGUACGAAUCAAGGAAAAAACGAUUAAAUUUUUGAUGAUUGUAAAAUUAACAAAGAAAAAAUUGAACAUUGAAAAGAGGAAUAUGCACAAGAUUACUAAAAAGAAUGAAUUAAAAGAAAAUUGCAUUUGAAGUUC